UGCCGAGCGAAGGUUCCGCCCUCAUGCGAUGACGCGCUGUUCCCGUGAUGCUCAUGCCGUGCCUCUCUCUGCCUCAUUUUCUAGAUCGUUCUUUCGACGUUCGCCAUUGAACAAGAAGCACGCCAAGACCGAGACAAAACAAACUUGAAUAUUUAAAAUGGCAAAGGCACCCGCUAUUGGUAUUGAUCUUGGAACCACCUACUCCUGUGUGGGUGUGUUUCAACACGGAAAAGUAGAAAUCAUCGCAAACGAUCAGGGAAACAGGACGACUCCCAGUUAUGUCGCUUUCACAGACACUGAGCGUCUCAUCGGAGAUGCCGCCAAGAACCAGGUUGCGAUGAACCCCAACAACACAAUCUUCGAUGCCAAGAGGUUAAUCGGUCGCAAGUUUGAUGACCACACAGUCCAGUCCGACAUGAAGCACUGGCCAUUCGAAGUCAUCAAUGACAACACCAAGCCCAAGAUCAAAGUUUCUUACAAGGGAGAGGACAAGACUUUCUACCCUGAAGAGGUGUCAUCUAUGGUGCUCACCAAGAUGAAGGAGACAGCUGAAGCCUACCUGGGCAAGACAGUGACCAACGCUGUCAUCACAGUUCCUGCCUACUUCAACGACUCUCAGCGUCAGGCCACCAAGGACUCGGGGGCAAUCGCUGGGCUCAACGUGCUCAGGAUCAUCAACGAGCCCACUGCGGCAGCCAUCGCCUACGGGCUCGACAAGAAGGUAUCUGGUUCAGGAGAACGUAACGUCUUGAUCUUUGAUUUGGGUGGUGGAACCUUCGAUGUCUCCAUCUUAACUAUAGAAGAUGGUAUCUUUGAAGUCAAGUCCACAGCUGGAGACACCCACUUGGGGGGUGAGGACUUCGACAACCGAAUGGUCAACCACUUUGUACAAGAGUUCAAGAGGAAGUACAAGAAGGACCUUACACAAAACAAGAGAGCUCUACGAAGGUUGAGAACAGCAUGUGAGAGAGCGAAGCGAACCCUCUCUUCCUCAACUCAGGCCAGCAUCGAAAUUGACUCACUUUAUGAGGGAAUCGACUUUUACACUUCCAUUACCCGAGCCCGUUUCGAAGAGUUGAACGCUGAUCUUUUCCGAAGCACAAUGGAACCCGUCGAGAAGUCUCUAAGGGAUGCCAAGAUGGACAAGGCCCAGAUCCAUGACAUUGUUCUGGUUGGUGGUUCCACGAGGAUCCCCAAGGUCCAGAAACUCCUGCAGGACUUCUUCAACGGAAAGGAGCUGAACAAAUCCAUCAACCCUGAUGAGGCUGUGGCGUACGGAGCUGCUGUCCAAGCCGCUAUCUUGCACGGAGACAAGUCUGAGGAAGUACAAGACCUGCUUCUGCUAGACGUCACUCCUCUCUCGCUUGGUAUUGAGACAGCUGGAGGUGUCAUGACUGUUCUUAUCAAGAGGAAUACCACCAUUCCUACAAAGCAGACCCAGACCUUCACCACUUACUCAGACAACCAACCUGGUGUCUUGAUCCAGGUGUAUGAGGGUGAGCGUGCAAUGACCAAGGAUAACAACCUCUUGGGAAAAUUUGAACUGACUGGAAUUCCUCCAGCACCAAGAGGUGUGCCUCAGAUUGAGGUCACCUUUGACAUUGAUGCCAACGGUAUCUUGAACGUCACGGCUGUGGAGAAAUCCACCGGCAAGGAGAACAAAAUUACCAUCACCAACGACAAGGGACGUCUCAGCAAGGAGGAGAUUGAGAGGAUGGUGAACGACGCUGAGAAGUACAAGGCAGAGGAUGAGAAGCAGAAGUCUGUGAUUGCUGCAAAGAACGCUCUUGAAUCCUACUGCUUCAACAUGAAGAGUACCAUGGAAGAUGAGAAACUUAAGGACAAGAUCACAGAGGCUGACAAGACCACCAUCCUGGACAAGUGCAACGAAGUGAUCCGCUGGCUGGACGCCAACCAGCUUGCUGAGAAGGAAGAGUAUGAGCAUAAGCAGAAGGAGUUGGAGGCUCUGUGCAACCCAAUCAUCACCAAGUUGUACCAGGGCGCUGGUGGAGUGCCUCCUGGUGCUGGUGGCAUGCCUGGUGGCUUCCCUGGCGCACCUGGAGCAGGAGCAGCCCCUGGCGCUGGUGCCGGCUCAGGCCCGACCAUCGAGGAGGUCGACUAAAGUGCAUUUACCUAACGCAAUUCCACAAAUGGAACUUUAUCCUGCUGUAAAAUUUGUUAUGUUCCUGAAUCGAGUAUUUUCACCAUAUCUUUGCUUUAAGUACUGUAUUGUUGCAUUUCAAAACCAAAAUAAAUGUGUUAGCGCAUGUAACUUUGACUAGAAUUGUCAUCAUUUUUUAUUGUUGGUAUUAAAGUUUCAUUUUUUUAAACACCAUA